CUCUCUCUCUCUCUCUCUCUCUCUCUCUCGCCUUCGUCACAUGGCGCUUCUAUAAAUAAUAGAACACGUUGGAGCUUAACAAAAUCAAACACAAGGCGCGUCGUGCACCUCUCUCUCUCUCUCUCUCUCUCUCACAUUUCUUCUGAUCGCAUCUGACAAAGUGUCCAGAUUCGAAGCAAUGGCCACUCCUAAUGGCAACGAUUCUCACAUUGCGUCGGAGCCAAGGAAGGUUGCAUUGGUCACCGGGAUCACUGGGCAGGACGGAUCAUACCUGACGGAGUUCCUGCUCGGAAAAGGGUACGAAGUGCACGGCCUGAUCCGACGAUCCUCAAACUACAACACGCAGCGAAUCAACCAUAUCUACGUGGAUCCACACAAUGCCAACAAAGCUCUCAUGAAGCUCCACUACGCUGAUCUCUCUGAUGCCUCCUCCCUCCGCCGUUGGCUCGACGUCAUCAAGCCUGACGAGGUCUACAACCUUGCUGCUCAGUCCCACGUCGCUGUCUCCUUCGAGAUCCCUGACUACACUGCUGAUGUGGUCGCGACUGGAGCUCUCCGCCUCCUGGAGGCUGUCAGGUCUCACAUGGCUGACAAUGGCCGCACCGUCAAGUACUACCAGGCCGGAUCCUCGGAGAUGUUCGGGUCAACUCCUCCUCCCCAAUCUGAGACGACGCCGUUUCACCCGAGAUCUCCCUAUGCUGCCUCCAAAGUCGCAGCUCACUGGUACACCGUCAAUUACAGAGAAGCAUACGGCCUGUACGCCUGCAACGGGAUCCUGUUCAACCACGAGUCACCCCGCAGAGGCGAGAACUUCGUGACUCGGAAGAUAACACGGGCCUUGGGGAGGAUCAAGGUCGGACUGCAGACGAAGCUCUUCCUGGGGAACAUACAGGCCUCAAGAGACUGGGGGUUCGCAGGGGACUACGUGGAGGCAAUGUGGCUGAUGCUGCAGCAGGAGAAACCAGAUGACUAUGUGGUGGCUACUGAGGAGUCGCACACCGUCGAGGAGUUUCUGGACGUGUCCUUCGGGUACCUCGGCCUCAACUGGAAAGACCACGUGGAGAUAGACAAGAGGUACUUCAGGCCAACGGAGGUUGACAAUCUGAAAGGAGAUGCGAGCAAGGCAAAGGAGUUGUUGAAGUGGAAGCCCAAGGUUGGGUUCGAGCAGCUGGUGAAGAUGAUGGUGGAUGAAGAUCUGGAGACGGCUAAGAGGGAGAAAGUGCUCGUCGAUGCUGGUUACAUUGACGCUCAGCAGCAACCUUAAUCUCCAAAGCAGCUGCCUGCCUGCCCCUCCCAAAAAAAGAACUUAUCAUCAUUAUCUGUUUUAUUAUUUCAAGUUUUUCCGUUUGUUGUUCUACUAUUUUCUUGUUUCAAAGUUGUUAAACAUCAUUAUUCACUGUCGAUUUUGUUGUAUCAAAGGCAAACAAAGCGAAUAAAAUAUAUGAAUCUCUUUUUCUACAUCACAACAAUGGCUUCUUAUUGUUGUUCACGAGUGAUUACGCAAACUCAGAAAACAAACUAGAAAAAAGUAGCGGAAGCGUGAAAAGAUAAAAAUGAGAAAGAAGAGCAAACAAAUAGCAGCAUCAAUGAAAAAAUCAUAACAAGGCAGAACAAUCUACUGGGAUUUCGACUCACCAAAUCUAUAUAUGGCUAAAGAGUUAGUGACUCUUAUACUUCCUGUUUAAAAGACAGAGUAGUAGUAGUGUUUAU